GCACUCUGCCACGAAUGCAACGCCAAGGAGAAAGCCAACAGCUCCGGGCGGCUGCUUUGUUUCAAGUGUCAUUCCUAUGUCGAGGAGGGACAACAGCUGAAGUACCGUUCAGAAAUCUACCACGCCUACCAUUUCACAUGUUCUUCGUGUGGUUCAGAGCUGAGCUCCGAUGCUCGCGAAAAGGACGGAGAUCUGUACUGUCUGCGCUGUCAUGACAAAAUGGGAAUUCCAAUUUGUGGAGCGUGCAGGUAG